AUGAAUCGAUCAAAUCAUGGCUCCGGCUCAGGCUCAGAGCUCCACGAUGCCCCGCCCAACUCUAAUCUGCACAGCGCAGACUCGGAUCUGCCCAACGGCCACGAGGCCAAGGGCGAGGUCAUCGACGCCGGCUUGAGGAGCCUGGACCACUACAGACAAACACUUCCAUCAUGGCGGUACGACCUCCGGCAAGCCAUGCUCCCUCUGAUUCGGUGGGAGACGCCCUACCUCGCAUACUUUCAGGACGCCGUGCGCACGCCCGCCCUCGAUAGCUACUUCGCAAUUACGGCCAACCUCGGCACCCACACCUUCUUCAUGAUCGGCCUGCCCAUAUUGUUCUGGUGUGGGUUCCCAGCGUUCGGCAAGGGACUGGUACACAUCCUGGCCGAGGGUGUUUUCUUCACAGGCUUCAUCAAGGACAUGUUCUCGCUGCCCCGGCCUCUGUCGCCCCCGCUGAACCGGAUUACCAUGUCAGGCUCCGCCGCCCUCGAGUACGGCUUCCCUUCCACGCAUUCUGCAAACGCCGUCUCUGUUGCUGUGUAUGCUGUGCUGUGCCUGCGGUCUGGCGAGAGCUCUCUCUCUCCGACGACGGCGCUAAUGUUUGAACUGCUGGGGUAUUUUUACGCGGCAUCGAUCAUCAUCGGUCGCCUGUACUGUGGCAUGCAUGGGUUUCUCGACGUCAUCAUUGGCUCCGCCAUGGGGGCUGCCAUUUCGCUGGUCGAGUUCUAUUACGGCCCGCCGUUCGAUGCGUACCUCCAAGCUAGUGGCUGGACCGCGCCGUUACUCGUCGCCCUGACCAUCAUCGUCCUAGUAAGGGUUCACCCCGAGCCCGCCGAUGACUGCCCCUGUUUCGAUGACUCAGUUGCCUUUGCCGGUGUUAUGAUAGGACUAGAGGCCGGCCUGUGGCACCUGGGCGCCGCCAACCUGGACGGGCCCUUCCCGGGUCUCAGCUGGCCCAUGACAAUUGGGCGCAUCGUCUUCGGCGUACUGACGAUCAUAGUAUGGCGGGAGACCAUGAAGCCCUUCCUGCUCAAGUCACUACCGUACGUUUUCCGCGUCGUCGAGCGGCUUGGCGUGUCGCUCCCGAGGCGCUUUUUCGUGCCGGCGUCCGAGUAUAAGAACAUCCCCAACCUUCUCAGGCUGCGCACGGACAACGUCCUGCCCACGAUGAGGGACUUCCCCGGGUUCGUCAAGACGCUGAGGGCGCCCACGAGGGGGAGGAGCGUGUCGAUCGGGCCGCAGAGCGCGGCGGACGCGUACGAGGCGCUGGCGUACAGGGAGCGCAGGCGGCGCGAGAGCAUCGGGUCCAACGGGAGCAUGAAGAGCCACGGGGACCUGCGCGAGAGGUUCCAGGCGGACGGGGCGGCGCUCUCCAUCACGAGCAGUGAGGAUAAGGACCACCACGCCGCGGGGAGGUCGACCGCCCUGGCCGACUAUGAGCACCAGAUGGGCCACGGGGCGGCGCGGGUCAUGAUCACCCGCGCGAGCCCGGACCUGCGGAGGUCGCCCAGCCCGAGCACGCCCAUGGUGAGAGAGGAGCCGGAGGAGGAGCAGGGAGACAUGAUCUUUGUGCAGCAGGACCAGGAGGACGAGCUGGGCGAGAAGGAGAUGUUCUCGCGGCUGGUCAAGCCAAGAGUCAAAUAUGACGUGGAGGUUGUCACGAAGCUGGUGGUCUACACAGGCAUCGCUUGGCUCGCAGUGGAGGGAAUACCUUCAUUACACGAGCUCUUAGGUAUUGGGAUCAGGCACUUGCAGGUGAAAUAG